UCCUGUUUUGUCAUUCACAUUAAGCAAGGAGCAAGGAUCAGUUGCAAAUACCCAGAGUAAAGUAGUGCAUGUGCCUGGCCAGCCUGUUGCUUUACAAAAGUUGCCUGGUGCCUUCUCUUUCAGAGAACGUCUGAUACAUUUCCUGUAGAAAGAGAAAGGAGCCAAAAUGAAGGAAAGUGUGGCAUCCACCGUUGUUUUCCUUUUGCUACUUUUUCUCAACACCGGUCUUCUGAAUGGACAAUCACCUCCUGGAAAACCUGUGAUCUCUAAAUGCCGUUCUCCUGAAAAGGAAACAUUCACCUGCUGGUGGAAAGCUGGGGAAGAUGGAGGACUUCCCACUAAUUACACGCUGACGUAUCACAAGGAAGGAGAAACAACCACACAUGAAUGUCCAGAUUACAUAACCAGUGGCCCCAAUUCCUGUUACUUCAACAAGAAGCACACCUCCAUAUGGACGAUGUACAUCAUCACAAUAAAUGCCACAAACCAGAUGGGAAGCAGUUCCUCGGAUCCACGUUAUGUGGACGUGACUUACAUAGUUGAACCAGACCCUCCUGUGAACCUAACUUUGGAAUUAAAACAGCCAGAAGACAAAAAAACAUACCUGUGGAUGAAAUGGUACCCACCCACCCUGGUUGAUGUUAGAUCUGGUUGGCUCACACUCCAGUAUGAAAUUCGGUUAAAACCCGAGAAAGCAACUGAGUGGGAGACUCAUUUUGCUGGACAGCAGACUCAGUUUAAGAUUCUCAGCUUAUACCCAGGACAGAAAUACCUUGUCCAGGUUCGCUGCAAGCCAGACCAUGGAUUCUGGAGUGAGUGGAGCCCAGAGAGCUCUAUCCAGAUACCUAAUGACGUCUCCAUGAAAGAUACCAUUGUAUGGAUCUUUGUGGCCGUUCUCUCCGCAGUCAUCUGUCUGAUUAUGGUCGCAGCCGUGGCUCUGAAAGGCCAUAGCAUGGUCACCUGCAUCCUUCCACCAGUUCCUGGGCCAAAAAUAAAGGGAUUUGAUACUCAUCUGCUGGAGAAGGGCAAGUCUGAAGAAUUGCUGAGUGCCCUGGGGUGCCAAGACUUCCCUCCCAUUUCCGACUGUGAGGACUUGCUGGUGGAGUUUUUGGAAGUGGAUGACAGCGAGGACCAGCAGCUGAUGCCGGCCCAUUCGAAAGAACACCCGGGGCAAGAUAAGAAGCCCACAUCCCUGGAUCCAGACAGUGACUCUGGCCGAGGCAGCUGCGACAGCCCUUCCCUUUUGUCUAAAAAGUGUGAGGAAGCCCGGGCAAAUCCCUCCACAUUUAACACUCCUGAGGGCAUCGAGAAGCCAGAGAAUCCCCAAACAAAGGUUACCCACACUCGGGACGCCCAGAGCGCACGCUUAGAAGGCAAAAUCCCCUAUUUCCCUGCUGACGGCUCCAAAUCUUCAACAUGGCCUUUACCACAACCCCCUAGCCAACACAGCCCCAGAUCUUCUUACCACAACAUCGCUGACAUGUGUAAGCUGGCCCUGGGCGUGACGGGGACAUCGGCCAUCUUGUUGGACAAAACAGACACACAAGCUUUAAGAUCUUCAAAAACCACCAAGACUGGAGGGGAGGAAAAGGCAGCUGAGCAGAAGGAAGUGGAAAGCUUCCAUUCCAAGACUGACCAAGGCACAGCAUGGCUGUUGCCCCAGGAGAAAACCCCUUUUAUCUCUGUGAAACCCUUGGAUUACGUGGAGAUUCACAAGGUUAACAAAGACGGAGCACUGUCACUGCUCCCAAAACAGAAAGAGAACAGCCACCAGACAGAGAAGUCCGGUACUUGUGAAGGCAGUAAGGAGUAUGCCAAGGUGUCCCGGGUGAUGGAUAACAACAUCCUGGUAUUAGUGCAGGAUCCGCGAGCUCAGAACCUGGCUAUGUUUGAAGAACCAGCCAAGGAGGCUCCACCAUCUCUUCAGCAGAAUCCAGCCAGAGAAGACCUGGCCUCCUUCUCCUCAGCCCCAAGCAGCUGUGGACUCCAGCUGGGUAACACUACAAAGUACGGGAAAUGCACCCUACUAGAGAAUGCUGGAGAAUGUGGUUAGAAUGACACUAUACAGCCCAUAGUUCUCUCGUCAUGCACCAUUUUCAACCAGCUGCCUCUUUCUCCAACAGCUGAUUCCAGAACAAAUCGUUUUGUCUCCUGUGAUUUGUAGAUUGACUUUUUUUUUCUGUUAGUUAUAAAAUUAUGUGUUCAAUGAAAUAAAAACACACCGUUUAGUAUUCUUGAGGGACAGCGCCGUUAAGUAUAUCCUCUGGAAGGGGCUUUCAUGGUUUGACAUGUGACAGAAGAAAAUGAAAUACUCACAGUUGUUUACCACAGGAAGAUGAUAGAUGUGAGAAAAAUGCCAUGAAAACCGCUUUUGAAAACCAACAAACCUUUGCUUGACCUUUGCUUAACUUUUGCACUCCUCUUUCAUUUUAUUCGGAUUAACCAAAUAUGACCCGUUUGAAGAAAGAAUGCAUUCCAGAAGACUGGACACGUUGUUUACAUGGGUUCCUAUCCCCUUAGUGAUACAUUGCCAAUAUGCAAGCCAAAAUGAUGCCUCCGGUUUUUUCUUAAAAUGGUUUGAGUUUGUUAAUAAGUAUGGAUUUUUUUUUCCCUCCCCCUGAGUUGUAUUUUCUUCUGAAGCCUCUAGAGAAAAUAGUUUUGGAAAAUGAAAUUUUCUAACAUGGCAGGUAAAUGAGUUUCAUGUGGUAAAUUCUUCUAAAAUGUUUUCCUGUUUCAUUCCAGCAUAAGAGAUCAUUUAUUAUACACCCUAGUCUCCUGUUAGGUUUAAAAAAAAAAAAAAAAAAAACAAAUCCCCAAAGACUAAUUUUAAAAGAUAAUCACAGCAGGAUGCUAAUGGAAAUACUGCCUUACUGUACAUACAAAUUCUACUUUAAUAUAAACCCGUAAGUUUCACAAUGUAUUUUUGAAGACUAUUUUUCUAUCACUUAGGUAAAAUAAAAGACUAUUUUCUAUCUUCCCAGUA